AUGCAGCGACACCUACCUGUGCUCAUGCUGCUGCUGUCCCUGGCGCUUCUGCCUAGCGAAUUGCCGUCUCAUGCAUCCGCUCUACCGCGCACGUGCGGAGUGGCGGAGCAGGGGGAGGCUGCAGCUGGCGGAGAGGCGGGAAAUUCCGGCGCAAGCGCAGGGAUAGCGCACGUGUGCGAUGCGCGCGAGGCGGGAAUGCCGGGGAAGGAGGGCGGCGCGGGGGACGAUGAAGGCGGAGAUAGUGAAGCGGUAGAGAGCGAUUAUAAGGAGUAUCUUGACACCUUGGACGAAGCAGAGCGGCAGAUGGAGGCGGGGGAAUGGGCGCAGGCGGAGGAGCUGUUCUCGCGCGUGGCGCACGUGGGGGAGGGGAGGGGGAGCGCGGAUUCAACAGCGGAGAGCGCAGGGGCGUCGGGGGGAAAGGGGGAGUUGGCAGUGCGGGAGCGCAUGCUGCAGGGGCGGGGGUGGGCGCGCACCCUGAUGCAGUCAUACGCGCUGGCGGAGAGAGACCUGCGCGAGGUGAUCGGGGAAGCGAAAUGGAAGGGUUGGGGGAGAAGAGGGAAAGAGCGGGGAAGAGGAUGGGGAGAGGGAGGCAGGGAAGGGAAGCAGGGAAGUUGGGAAAACGAGGGAGAUAGCGGGGAGGGGUGUGAUGAGGCGAGGCGAGGGUUCCCAGGCAACGUGCGCAUGUGGGAGUGCCUGGGGUCGCUGCACUUCGACAUGGGCCUCAUGCCGCAGGUGGGGUGGGGGGCCACGUGCGUGUGUGUCUUUUUGUGUGCGAGGGGGAGUGCGGCGUGUGAUAGUGAACGCAUACGACGACUUCUCACAAGUGCUCGCCCUGCACCCCAACCACAUCGAUGCUCUCCGAUGGCGAGGCAAGCUGCCCCUUUCAAUUUCUCCCUCACUCACCCCUCGCACCAUCACCCACCCCUCUUCCCCCCCUCACCACGACCACCACUGCAGCACGCCGUUCUCCCUGUCACACUACACCACAUCCCUCCUGGCCCUCCAUCACAUUCACUUCUAGCACGGCUGGCAGCGCACAGGCUGAGGCGGCACCCAGAGGCCAUAGCGGACCUGAGAGCUGUGCUGCGCGCCGAGCCCAUGGACUCCUUCCUCCUCAAAACCGUGGCCCUAUCAUACACGUGCAUGGGGCAGUACCGCGAGUCGCUGGCGGUGUGGCAGGAGGCGGUGGAGCGGCAUGCGGGCAUGGCGGAGAUGUGGGAGGAGAAGGGCAGCGUGCACCGCAUUCUCGGCGAGGACGCCCCCGCCAUGCUCUGCCUGCUCACCGCCCUGCGCCUCCGCAGCUCACUGGCAGCGUAUCGAAACAUAGUGGCGCUCAGGAGAGGCCUGGGCGACUACAGGGGCGCCAUAGCAUAUGUGAGGGAGGGCGUGCAGGCGGAGGGAAGCGACUUGGAGCUGCUGCAUGCGGAAGCCUGCGCACUGCACUCCCUGGGGGACCUGCCUCAAGCUCAUGCCAAGUACACGCAUCUCACCACGCAGAAGCCCAGCAGCGACAAGGAAGCUUCCUUCCUCAUCACUGCCUUCUACCAGAGGGAGCUACUAGUGUACACCGUGACACGCUUGGACCGGCCCUUCUCUGCCUUCCACAUCGACGCACACAUGCCCAUUCACUUCAAGAACGCGUGGAUGCGGAGAGAGCAUCCCAGGACCCUUCCCUCCUACCAGCGAUUCAACGCCACGCCAGACCAAUGGGAGCGCGCCAUGUGGCCUCUCACGCCAGGUGGCGCCAUGUCAGCUGAUGCGCUGGCGCUGAUAGCAGCGGCGGACGUGAUUGGCGAGAGGACGCACUGCCACAUGGACGGCAUGCUCAGGAACCGAGUGCAGGGGAUCCGUCUUUCCCCCGUGCCUCUCUAUACCCUCCGCCUCUCUUCACUGCACUCCCCUUUCUCCCCUGACCUCACCCCUGCCCCCACUGCCAUCACGCUUCUUCCCGCCCCAAUUCACUUCGCCGCACUCCCCCGCCGCUCUCAGCUGCGCAUGGCGGGGCUGGCAGCGCUGGACGUGAUGCAGCGCGUGCGGCGCUCAUGGGAGGCCAUGGCCAUGGCCAUGGCACGGGCACAACGCGGGGAGCAGCAAGAGGGGCGAGAGGGGGAGGAGCGAGACGAAGAGCAGGAGGAAGGCGACGAGGAGUUGGGUGUCGGCUACAAGAGCGAGGGUGGGGACAGGAUGGGCAGGGGGGAGCAAGGGAAGCUGCAGAGACCGCGGCUGCAGUCGCUGGUGAGGGAGGUGGAAGGCGAAGGGGGCAAGGGCGCAGUGGAGGGAUGGAGGGACGUGUUUGAUGUGGUGACUCGGUGGCGGCAGAUCGCCAACCCCACCGACGCCACCUUCUGGAAGCACUCCCUGCUGUCCCCAGAGCGUGUGGCAGUGCGGUCCACCACGCCCAUCCACGUGUACAAUUUCGAGACUGUCAAGUACUACCCCGUGCUCCACAGGGCAGUGGCCCUCACCAGAGCUACUCUCUUGGAGAAUGAGGAGGCAUUCGAUGCCGAUUAUACUCGUUUUAGUGUGCCUCGCAGCAGCCAUGGCAGCAAGAUAGAGGCGGCAAGGGACCUGCAAGAGCUGCAUGCAGCAGUGGGGCGGGACUUCAGUGCGCUCACACUCAUCCACAGUGCUCUGCACCCGCAGCAGCGCAUUCCAGGGACAGAAUUCCAAGUCAAGAGGACCAACCACUCCUACGACUUCUACACUGAGACUGUGAUGGAUGCAGACAGGUGGAGCAACUUCAAUGCUGAGAUGUCUGCAGCAUGGCAGUCACUGUGCACGGCAGUGUUGGAUGCGCGCACACAAACCCAGGACCCCCAGCUCUACCGCCACCGCAUUCAGCACGCCAUUCUCCGCCUCGCCUUCUUCUGGUUCCAGGUGAUGCCACUGACACGCGGGUCCGCCAUGGGAGGGAUGGUGGCGAUCCUGGGCCUUAGCAUGGCUGCUGACAUGCAGACCACCGCUCUCAUCCCCCCCAACAUGCAUGUGGACUGGGAGGCACUGCUGAGCACAAGGCACGAGGACUUUGCAGCUCAGGUGCAGCCGUGGCUAUACGCUGCAGUGCAGGCAUCGCCAUGGCAUCUCCCCCUCGUGCACCAAGUGCUCUCCACACCACGCCUCGUGCUCGCUGCUCUCACUCACAGCCUCACCUUUGAGAGUGAAGGUUCACGCGUGCCGCGUACGUCCGCCCCUCCCUCAAGCUGCUCUGCCCCGCCCAUCCCGAUGCCCCCUGCGCUUCCGUAUCCUCUCCGCCUUUACUGUAUAGCCACGUGCGCGGGUGGACGCCUAGGACUUGCCACGUGGCAUCAGAUGUCGCACUACGCUCUGCUGUCGCCUCCCGCCUCAGCCGCACCAUCCUUCAUCCGUCGUCCGCUUUUCUCGCCGCCCGCCUCUGUUUCCCCCGCGCCAAUCCGCCAGCCAUCCCCGCUUCCCCGGCCAGCACACGCCCAGGUCUUCUCCAUUCCCCUCCCGCGCCUCGCCCCUUUUCCCGCGAACACAAUUAAGCGGGAGCUAAACGUCAGCAAUGGGGGGAGGCGCAGCAACGGCAGGGGCUGCUGCGGAGGGAGGGCGGUGAGAUGCGCGGCUGGCGGGGCCCGGGGGAAAGGCGGGGGAAGAGGCGGGGCUGAUGCGGUGUUUGAUGAGUGGAUGCGGACGGUGGCGGAAGGGGGAGGCGGGGACGUGGCAUUGGCGCCUCUGGCGCGCAGAGAUGGCGGAGCGGGGGAGGAGAAGGGCAGGGAGUGCGAUGAGGGGUUAGCGCGGAGAGAUGGCGAACGUGCGGGAGGUUUGGCGCGGGGUGAUAGCGCAAGGGCGAGGCUGGGGGAAGGGGAUGGCGACAGAAAUGGUGACGCCAGAAGACACAAUGAUAGAAGCUGUGGUGUGGGGGAUCAUGGGGGAGGAAACGACGAUGAGCGGGAUGGGGAAGGCAUGGAGGAUUGGAUGGGAGCAGAGAGCAGCGGACUUGGUGAGUUUGGUAGAGCAGAUGGGGAAGCGGGGGACGGCGGGGAGGAAAGCUGGGACGGAGAGGGAGGGAGAGAAAGGGGGGAAGGCGGGGAGGGCGUGAGGUGGUUCGAGUGGAGGGAGUGUGUGGACGUUUUGAGGGCACAGAUGGAGGGCAGGCAGCUGCAGUGGAACGAGAGGCGCAGGCGGUUCGAGCACACAUGCACCGGGAGUGAUGGUGACCGGGGCGCUGCUAACCCUGGCGGUAACUGUGGUGGCGGUGGCAGUGUGUUCUUCCUGGCUCCGCCACUGGUCCUCCUACCUCCCACGGCACCCCAAUCACCCCAAGAGUACAUCCGCUACCUCCUCUCUCGCCCCACCCUCUCCGCGCCCCCCGCUUCCCCCCCUCCCCCCUCCUCGUCCCCCCGCGCCCCCUCACUGGCGCUGGGGUCGCACAUGGUGGCGCUGCUGUGCGCUGACUCUGCUGCCCUCGCCAUCUUUCACCAAGGCACGCUCGCACAGCACAAGGUGAUAACAGCGUAUACGGUGCGGGCGAAGCAGGGGCGGUCGCAGCUGGCGCAGCAGAGGGGCAAGGGCGCUGGGCGGAUGAGUGCGGGGGCGGCCAUCCGCGCACGGGAGACCCGCCGUCUCUUCUCCGAGGUCGUACAGCGCUGUGUGGUAUGGGAGGCGGACAUCAGGCAGUGCGAGCUGCUCUUCUUCAGUGGAGACGUGCGCGCCUGGAAUGAGUGCCUACCUCCAGUCCCUACCUCCAGUCCCUACCUCCAGUCCCUACCUCCAGUCCCUACCUCCAGUCCCUACCUCCAGUCCCUACCUCCAGUCCCUACCUCCAGUCCCUACCUCCAGUGCCUACCUCCAGUCCCUACCUCCAGUCCCUACCUCCAGUCCCUACCUCCAGUCCCUACCUCCAGUCCCUACCUCCAGUCCCUACCUCCAGUCCCUACCUCCAGUCCCUACCUCCAGUCCCUACAUGCACUAUACAUAACUUUGUUAAACCAUGCCACAGUGCUCUUUCCUCCCGUGCUUCAAGCCACGUCAUGUUCCCUCGCACCCCACUCCACCCCAUGCACCACCACACCCUGCCAUGCCCCAUCACGCCCCACUUUUCCUCCCUGCCCCACCGCACCCCCUCGUGCGAUGCAGGUGUAUGCAUGCCGUGCGCCCGCCAUGCCAGUGGACCGCAAGGACGAGCGGUGGGUGAAGGUGCCCUUCCACGUCGCCCGCCCCCGCCUCUCACAAGUGCUCCAGUGA